CCUCCUCACACACUGAGCGAAACCAAACCAAACCAAACAAUGUCGUUUGGUCUCAAAUUGAAUCUCUCAAAUCCUAGAUUCAACCGCAACUCCACUUUCGCCCGUAACGCCAUUAAUCCCCACCGUCUCCCCCACCACCUCAGACUUCCGGCCCGGCGGCUCAACUCCGUUUCCGUCAGCUCAGAGUACGUCAACGGAGCAUCCGAGCCGUCAAUUUCGUCUCAUUACACAGAAACCAUCGGAACCCCGUCGCCGUCGUCCCACCUCCUCCAGUGGAACCUCACCCAACGACACGUCGUCGUCCUCAAUGUCGUUGCUUGCGCCGCGGCGGUUUCUGCCACGUGGCUCUUCUGCUCUGCAAUUCCAACGCUUCUGGCUUUCAAGAGAGCAGCUGAUUCAGUUUCAAAGCUGAUGGAUGUGAUGAGGGAGGAGCUUCCGGAUACAAUGGCGGCAGUUCGGUUAUCGGGGAUGGAGAUCAGUGACUUGACCAUGGAGCUCAGUGAUCUUGGCCAGGAGAUUACACAAGGUGUGAGGAGUUCUACUCGAGCUGUUCGUGUGGCGGAGGAGAGGUUGCGCGGAUUGACAAACAUGGCUCCUUCAGCAUCCGUGCAGGUAGUAGAAAGUUCGAAAACUGAGGUGCCAGGGCCAGCUUUGGCUAGAACUGCAAGAAGCGUACGAGAGGGGGUCGUGAAGAGUCGUGCUAUAUGGCAAAUGUUUUUCACAAUCACCCGCUUUUCUAGGAUGGCGCUCAGCUAUUUGAUGAGGCGGAAGAAGCAAUAGCUAGUGGAGAUGACAACGAAUUCAAGAGCUUUAUGGUGAGCAGCAUCAAAUUUUGUGAAUGUAUUAGCUCUUCCUUAGUUCAUGUGUCAUAUCUUAAAUUAGCAUUGUGUACUUCCAGUUGGGCUUUUCCACUUCGGAGCGUCGCUUUUGAGUUAAAACAUCCUUUGAUUUUUUUACCAUCUCCUUUUAUGUUGUUAAUUGCAAGUGCAACUGAUUCCUUGUGUACGACCCCACCUCUCUUACGCUUUUACUUGAUCAAAUAACAUCAUCUUCAUGUUGAACUGAACCUGAUGUGCUUCAGCUUGAUUAAUAUAUUUAUAGUGCC